AUGGACCAAGUCAUGGACGGCGGCCGCCUGCCCCUAGAGGCAUGGUUCUGGGAGAUGCCCAUGUGCACGCGCUGGUGGACUGCCGCCACGGUGCUGACGAGCGCUCUCGUUCAGUGCCACAUGGUGACGCCCUUCCAGCUCUUCUACAGCUUCCGAGCCGUCUUUGUCAAGUCGCAGUACUGGCGGUUAGUGACGACGUUUCUCUACUUUGGACCCUUUUCCCUCGACCUCCUCUUCCACAUAUACUUCCUUCAGCGGUAUGCGCGCCUCCUAGAGGAGUCGUCCGGCCGGUCGCCUGCGCAUUUCUCCUGGCUACUUCUCUACGCCAUGGCGAGCCUCAUCGCGCUGUCGCCACUGGUCUCCAUGCCAUUCCUGGGCCACCCACUCUCGUCGACCCUCGUUUACAUAUGGUCGCGACGCAACCCAGACACGAGGCUAAGCUUUCUUGGCCUGCUGGUCUUUACGGCGCCGUACUUGCCCUGGGUCCUCAUGGCCUUCAGCCUCUUCAUGCAUGGUACGAUCCCUCGCGACGAGAUCAUGGGCGUGGUCAUCGGCCACGUCUGGUACUUCUUCACCGACGUAUAUCCGCCACUGCACAACGGCUCACGGCCGCUCGACCCUCCGGGGUGGUGGAGACGCCUCUUCGAAGGCGGCGGCCCGGCCGACUCUGACAACGGCAUCAACAACGACGUGGCUGCCGCUGGCGCCAGGGACGCUGCCGGUCCCGUCAUGCCCGGGGGAGUGCAGUGA